AUCGACUCCCCUCUAUUCCACCACCCAUUCCUCUAUCUUCUUCACAAUGGCUGCCCGUAGCGCCGCUACCAAGAUCGACUGGACCAAGGUGACGGGGUCCCUGGGCCUCCGUGGCCAGACGGCCACCUCGCUGCAGGCGUUCAAGAAGCGCAACGAUGACGCCCGCCGCAAGGUCACGGCGCUGUCCGAGCAGCCCCAGACCGUCGACUUCGCCCACUACCGCAAGGUGCUGAAGAACCAGGCCGUCGUCGACCAGAUCGAGAACCAGUUCAAGACCUUCAAGCCGGCCACCUACGACGUCAACCGCCAGAUCAAGGCCAUUGAUGCCUUUGAGGCUCAGGCUGUCCAGAGCGCCCUCGACACUAAGGGUAAGGUCGAGGCUGAGCUGCAGAAUCUCCAGAAGACGCUGGAGAACAUUGAGACUGCUCGGCCGUUUGAUGAGCUUACUGUUGACGAGGUCGCUGCUGCUCAGCCCGAGAUCGACGAGAAGACUUCUUCGCUGGUCUCCAAGGGCAGAUGGAUGCCCGCUGGCUACAAGGAGCGCUUCGGCGAUAUGUCUGUUGUCUAAGCUCGUAUCCCUUGUGCCCGAUAUCUCCGUCGACCGGGUCUCACCUGACAACGUCUCAUUUGAGACAUGGCCAGAUCGAAUACCCUGGCGUCUGGGGGUGUGAUCUGGUGGAUGGAUUGUGUAUAGAAACAUUGUUCAAUUUAGAAGAUGUCUUCGUUCUUCUUUUAGUUGCGGAUUCUAGGGUGGUGUAGUUUCGUAAAGAGAAGUAGGAAAUGCAUAAAAAGAGAACAGGAAAGGAAAGAAGGAAUAUAACAUAGUAUGUGUAUAUCUUUCUAGUUUCUAUCCUACAACGCUGGCGGUUAUAAUAUGCUGUAA